AUGCUAAAAGACACGUUUUUUUUUUCAACAGUUGAACACAACACAACAGACCCCUCCAUCCCCCAACAGCCCACCCGCCGCCGCCGCCCCGACCUCUCAACCUUCUUUUCGACCCUCUCCCAAAUCAGCCCCGAUGAGCACCGCUCCAGACCGCAUGCCGUCCCGGUCCCGCGCGACGUAAGCGCCGCGUUCUAUACUCUCGCCGAGGCGUUGGAGGUUAUGCGCCGGGAGUCGGAGGGCGGGGGUGCGAGUGCAGGUUCUCGCGAAGGCGGCAAUGGCGACGGGGAUGGCGACGAUCUCUUGUCGCAGAUGAUUCAGACGUUGUUGCGGGAGGCGGAUACGCCGCCUAAGGAGGUGGAGGGUGUGAGUGAGGAGUUUUGCGACAGUAGGUCUUUGAGAUGUGUCAUGAGGGCGAGCUUGGAGCGCGAACUGACUAGCGGUGUAGUGCUCGACCGGGUACCACGUACGUCGUUGAAGGAGACGCAGACUUGCCCGAUCUGCAAUAACCCAUUCCUGGAGGAUGAGUAUCCGCUCGUUGUGCGGCUACCGUGUCAUUCUACGCAUUUGUUUGAUUUGGAGUGCAUUAGGCCCUGGUUGCGGCUGCGAGGGACGUGUCCGCUUGAUCGGACGGAUUUUGCCAAACAAGAGCGCGAGAAGGCAGAGGCGCGUAGGAAGAAACCUGUCGAGGAUGACGAGGAGGAGUGGGAUGGUAUGUAUGGCUAG